AGUGGACUACCGAGGGAUCAAGAGUUUCCAUCAAAUAUAACAAAAACAUUACAUGAUGGAGAUAAUAAUGCACUUGUGCUAAAUCAUCAAAUUCAUAAUAACGAUGAUAAUAAUAAUGACCUUGGUAUUGAUCCACAAAAUCCAAAUUAUCACAUAUUUAUUAGUUCAUUUUAUGGAAUUACAUGUUUUGUAUCAGCAGCGGGAUAUUGGAAUACAUUGGAGUUACCAUUAGAUAAUAGUAUUGGUGAAAUCAUAUCUAUAGAAGUGUUUUCAACAAAAUCAUCAAUUUUAAUUCUAUCAAUCACAACUGUAAAUACUGGACCAGAAAAUAAUAAUCUCUCAGAUGAAUCAAGAAACAAUAAAUUUUUUUUAAGAAUAUUUUCUUUAACUGAUGAUGAUGAUUCAUCAGAAAUGUAUAUUGAAGAAGCAUUGUUUAAAGUUACUGAACAGUGUCAGCUUAUUGAAUUGGGAUUUGCACCAAUGCAAUUAUUACAUUCAGAAAUCAGCCAUAAUGGUGAAUCAUUUGAUGGUUUAAUGUUAUGUGGAACUGAUGGUGGUAUUCAUUUAUACACUGAAAAUGAAAUAACAAAGAAAUGGGAGGAGAGAUCUAUUCAACAAUAUUAUCCAUUGCAUGCAGAAUUAGGAAGUUGUAAUUCAAAUGUAUUAUCUCUUGAGAUUAAAGAAUUUCAUGAUAUAAAAAUUAUUGCUGCAGGCUGUCAAAAUGGAACUCUUUAUCUAUCAAUAAUGAAAAAAGAUUUAACUACUGGAAAUUAUGUUCAAGUAGAAGAGUUGUCAUCUUCAGUUGUACUUCCAAGUUCCAUAACUUCAAUUUGUAUUUUCUCUUCUUCUACGAAUAAAAAAUUAUUUAACAAUCCAUUUUUUUUAAGUGACUGUUCAGAGUAUGACAGUGUUCUUUGUUCAAAUGUAAUGGAUGUAGAUUGGGAUGGUAAAAAUGAAAUAAUGGUGGGGACUUAUGGCAGAGAAUUGUUAAUUUAUAAACAAGAAUUGAUUGAUGAUGUUAAUAGUUUUAUGAGAUUUAAAUUAUUAUGGAAAAAAUCAUUUGCUUAUCCAAUCUAUAAGAUUGUUGGAUUAGAUUUAAAUCAAGAUUGUAUUAAUGAACUUAUUAUAGUAACUCAAUAUGGUGUUCAUGUAUUGCAGCCAAGAUUAGAUAAGGCAAAGUACAUUCUAUUUAAAAAAUUAGAGGAACUUAAUAAGUUAUAUGAGGAAUAUAAAAAUUUGGAAUGA